AGUGUAAAAAUCCACCCAAAAUAAAAAUAAAAGAGGGCUCAUUGGCUGCCCUCCGACGCCACUGCUGUUUCCCGUUGGAUAACUAUCUCUCUCUAAUUUAUCAGUGAGAGGGAGCAGAGCAAGUUGGAAUUUGUGAAUCAGGGUUCGUCUCUCUCGCCAAAUGGCUAACCAAUUGUAUGGAUACACGCCUAGAUACUCGAGCCCAUCACCUACGGCCUCUCUCUCCUCCGCGCUCCAGCGUUAUCUGGACUCCGAGACCACGGCUCAUUCGCAUUUGCUUCACCACCUCCAGCCCUGGCCUCCAGGUGUCGACGUCCCUUCCUCCGCGGCGCCUAUCAAACGCCCCUCCGAAGUGCUCUACCAUCAGAAUAUUUUGGAUGCCCAUAACACAAUUGGGCAAACUGAAGCUUGGUAUUCUACUAGCUCUUUAGUCAAGCGACCUAGAUUGGAGAGUGCAAGCAAUUUACCUAUAUAUCCACAGAGGCCAGGAGAGAAGGAUUGUGCUCAUUAUAUGCUCACAAGAACCUGUAAAUUUGGAGAUAGCUGCAAGUUUGACCAUCCUAUUUGGGUUCCUGAAGGUGGAAUCCCAGAUUGGAAAGAGGUUCCACUCGCUACCACUGGUGAAUCCCUCCCUGAGAGAGCGGGAGAGCCAGAUUGUCCUUAUUUUCUGAAAACCCAAAGGUGCAAGUUUGGUUCAAAGUGCAAGUUCAAUCAUCCAAAAGAUAAAUUGGCUAUUUCUGGUGCUUUUGAAAAUAUACAGGUAGCUGUCUUACCAGAGAGGCCAUCUGAGCCCUCAUGUGCUUUCUAUGUGAAGACCGGAAAAUGUAAAUUUGGUGCAACCUGCAAAUUCCACCACCCAAAAGAUAUCCAAAUAGCAUCAUCUGGGCAAGACAAUGCCAGAGGUGAGCAGCCUGAAAUAGUCAGUAAGACUGGGGGUGCAACUGCAGAUGUUAAGCCUGCACUAUUUCAUAACUCCAAAGGACUUCCUAUAAGACUGGAUGAAGUAGAUUGUCCAUUCUACCUUAAAACUGGCAGUUGCAAGUAUGGUUCUAGUUGCCGAUACAAUCAUCCUGACAGGAAUGCAUUUAAUCCACCUGCUGCAGUGGUAGGCCAUUCCCUUGUAGCCUCUGCAAGUAAUCUGAACAUUGGAGUUGUUACUCCAGCUGCCUCUAUAUAUCAAACUAUUGACCCCAGAUUAGGUCAGUCAACGCUACUUGCUCAGCCAACGUUUCCAACGCUGGGAGUGGCUCCAACUGUGUAUCCUCAGAGACCUGGACAGACUGAAUGUGAGUACUAUAUGAAGACAGGGGAUUGUAGGUUUGGGGAUAGAUGCAAGUUUCAUCACCCCAUUGAUCGAUCAGCGUCAAAAACCAAGCAAACAUCUCAGCAGGCUAUUAAGCUCACUCUUGCAGGAUUACCUAGGAGAGAGGGAAAUGUUCAUUGUCCAUACUACAUGAAGACUGGAACGUGCAAGUAUGGUGCAACAUGCAAAUUUGAUCACCCACCCCCUGGGGAGGUCAUGGCAAUUGCUGCAGCACAAGGACCAUCCACAGCAGUUGGUGGGGAAGAGAAAGGGGAGAUGGAAGAGGCUGAAACUGUGGGAACAAACAUAGCAAUGAGAAGCUGUUAAGAAUGUGAGUUAGGUGGUUUUAUGGGGCUUUUCAUGUGACCUUUGAUAGCGUGAUGCUCCAUCAAUCACCUUAGGAUCAACAAUGUGAAUAUAAUGCAAAAUUUGGUUGGUUACGUUUUCGAAAAGCUUUGCUAUAUUAGUAGUUCAAUUGUUGUUUGUAUUUAUAUUUGGACUGUUAGAUUUUAGGAAGUAUUUAUGCUGUUCCAGGUUGUAACUAUCAAGUAUUAGACUUGAUUGAGGUGUUGAGAGUGUUCCAUCAUCCAAGUGGUUUGGUUGUUGAAUGGA